UAACGUUGUGCUCUCCUAUUUCUUUACAGCUCCUGUAUGACAACCCAAAAGCCCGUCAGGAAGUAGAGUAUCAUUGGCGAGCAUCGGGAUGUCCCCACAUUGUCCAUGUCCUGGAUGUUUAUGAGAAUAUACAUCAUGGAAAGAGAUGCCUCCUCAUUGUCAUGGAAUGCAUGGAAGGAGGAGAGCUGUUUAGCAGGAUCCAGGAGAGAGGCGAUCAAGCUUUCACUGAGAGAGAGGCUUCUGAAAUAAUGAGAAACAUUGGAACAGCCAUCCAGUAUCUGCAUUCAAUGAACAUUGCCCAUAGAGACGUCAAGCCUGAAAACUUGCUUUAUACAUCUAAAGAGAAGGAUACUGUACUCAAACUCACAGACUUCGGCUUUGCCAAAGAAACCACUGUACAAAAUGCGCUGCAGACCCCCUGUUACACUCCUUAUUAUGUGGCCCCAGAAGUCCUUGGUCCUGAGAAGUAUGACAAAUCAUGUGACAUGUGGUCAUUGGGUGUCAUCACAUACAUUCUCCUGUGUGGGUUCCCUCCAUUCUACUCAAACACUGGCCAAGCCAUUUCUCCAGGGAUGAAGAGAAGAAUUCGGAUGGGGCAAUAUGGUUUUCCCAAUCCAGAGUGGGCUGAAGUAUCAGAGGAAG